AUGCCGUCGCAAACUUUAACCAAUUCGGAGGAGUAUGAGUUGGCUGUAGACCCAAAUCUUGGUCUCGGCCAGCUCUUCUACAAUCAGAUGAAACGAAGCCCUACAUCCACCGCUGUCAUUGAUAGCGACAAAAGGCUCACCUAUCACGAAUUGCAUUCGAAUGCGCUUCGAAUCGCGCACUAUCUCCGACAGGAGAAAAUCAAUUUCGAAGAGCCGGUGGGCAUUGUUGUCCAACAUGGUAUCGCAGAUGUAGUGGCCCAGAUGGCGAUCAUAUAUGCCGGCGGUAGCUGUGCGCCAAUGGAUCCAACGUUGCCAGACACUUUAAUCCAAAGUCGGCUUAAAAAGCUUCACGCCAGAUACAUCCUGGUUGAUGAGACCAAUAAAGACCGAAGCCUCGGAUUCCGCCAUUUCGAUGUGAGCAGCGAAACACCAUGGAAAACCAAGGAACUAUGGUUUUCCAACUCAGAGCUUCCUUUCGCAACAACCCUCGAGCAUCGAACUCAUCUAAUUCAUACCUCUGGAACAACCAGUGAGCCAAAAGCGGUCCAGAUCGCGGCUCGCUCCAUCCUGCAAGUCGUGUAUCAUGCACCCUUUGAAGCGGUCGACGAGACUGAUAUUGUAGCUCAUGUCAACAAUACCAGUUUUGACGUUGCAUUGUUUGAUAUAUGGGCGCCGCUCUUACGUGGCGCAUGUAUUGCAGUGCUGAGCAAAGUAACACUGCUUGACCUGCCGGCAAUGGCGGCUGCCAUCAACCGAAUUGGGAUUACGAUUAUGGCCACUACUACCGCUUUGUUAAACCUUGCAUCCACGACAUAUCCCCGUGCGUUUGCGCAAUUAAAGACUUGCUUCAUUGGCGGCGAAGCGGCAAAUGUGGCUGCACUCCAGAUAAUUCUAUCUCAAGGCCCACCUGGUCAGCUUAUAAACGCGUAUGGUCCCACUGAGUGCUGCAUCUUCUGCUUGGCACACAAAAUUACGCUCAACGACAUUCUGGCUGGAACCGUCAGUAUUGGAAAACCAAUAGGCAAAACCGUUGCGCGUAUCUGUGAUGAAGAUGAAAACCCCGUCUCCGAUGGUGAAGAAGGUGAACUUUGGAUCGGGGGCGCAGGUGUGUCGCCUGGUUAUGUGGAUCAGCUUGAGAAGAAUGCGGCCUGUUUCACCACCGUGGAGGAGGCUGGGCAGAUUCAACAAUUCUAUCGCACCGGUGACAGAGUGAGAAGACGAAUCUUUGAUGGUCAAAUCGACUAUCUUGGACGCCAAGACCAUCAGGUCAAAGUACGUGGGUACCGAAUUGAACUCGAAGCGGUCGAAGCUGCCUUGUUGCGAACUGGCCAAUUUUCAGAAGCAGUUGCAAUGAAAGUCGAAGCCGGAGAGGGAGCUGGGUCCAUUCUCGUGGCAUUCGCAGUCUCGGCUUCCUCAAAGCCCUAUGCCAUCCUGAAGGCUGUGGAAUCACUCAAGGAAAUGCUUCCAGAGUACAUGGUACCUCAAAUAGAAUUGAUUUCACAAAUGCCUCUCAACAGCCAUGCCAAAGUUGACCGAAAGCAACUAUCUCAACUUUACCGCCAGCGUUGGUCGAAUCACAGUACUUUCAAUGCUCACCCGGGUAUAGCUAUGGCUACAGCUACGAUUACAACCCAAGAAAAGCUAGCCAGUCUAUGGCGAGACAUUCUAGGUCUCCCAUCUGUACCUACUGAUGCAGAUUCUGAUUUUUUCCACCUUGGAGCCACAUCUCUACAGGCGUCGCUCCUCAUUAGUCGUGUACAAAAGUGUUUCAACGCAAGGGUAUCGCUGCUGACCCUGUACGACAAUUCGACACUCAAAAAGUUGACUGAUGUGCUUGAAAAUGCCAGUGGCAAUGGAGCAAAUUGCGAAACUGUCCGUCAUGAACAGUCAAUUUGGGUCGAAGACACCAAGGUUGCCGACGAUCUCGUUCCUCCCACAGGGACGGUGACUGAUUGGCGCCGUGAUACAGAAGGACGGGUGUUUUUCACCGGCGCCACGGGCUUCGUUGGCGCAUUCAUGGUAGCAGACCUCCUUCGUAUGCGGGAGGUGCAUCAAGUGGGAUGCUUAGUGCGGGCUUCCAAUGCUGAAACAGGGUUGCAGCGUAUCAAGAGUGCAAUGAUGAAAUAUGGCCAGUGGGAGGAGCGAUUUGCGGAUAAAAUAAUGGUCCUUUGCGGUUCAUUGGAAGACAUCUAUCUUGGGCUUGGGCCUGAACGUUUUCAUGAAAUUGCCAAGUGGGCAAGUGUGAUUUUUCACCUGGGAGCUCGUGUGAACUACACUCAACCUUAUUCACUGCAUCGCCCCGCAAAUGUCAUUGGUACAAGAAAUAUCCUGCGUCUUGCAUGUGCGGGUCGGAACAAGGCUUUGCACUACGUCUCCAGCAUUUCGUGCUUUGGUCCAACCGGCUUUGUAACAGGCACACAAACGAUCACUGAGGACGAACCCCUCCUCAAACAUGUUGUGGCACUCCCAUAUGACCAUGGUUACGCACAAAGUCAAUGGGUCGUGGAGGGAUUAUUGAGACGAGCUAUGGAUCGCAAUUUCCCUGUGGCCAUCUACCGCCCAGGCUUCAUCACGGGGCAUAGUCGCACAGGCGCUUGUAAUCCGGACGACUUCUUUUGUCGUUUGAUACAUUCUUGCGCCGAGAUGGGAUAUUAUCCGUUGCUGCCGAAUCAACGCAAAGAAUUUGUCCCCGUGGACUAUGUCAAUGCCACAAUCUUACAUAUUGCGGGUUUGCCAGCGGGUUCAUCUUUGGGUCACGCCUAUCACAUCGUGCCUCCGAGUCGUGCAGUCUCGGUUGAUAUGAAUCAUACAAUGGAGCUGGUCGGUGCAGCGUCCGGUGGCAGUGGGGGUGUCAAGGGUAUACCCUACUCUGAGUGGGUUGAGCUGUUGGGCGAGAAGCUUCCGGGGCGGCUUCAGCCACUUCAGCCGAUGUUGGCAGAAAAGGCCCAUGGGGCUUUGACUCGGUGGGAGCUGUAUGAGAACAUGCCGCUGUACGACACCACCAACACUGCCCGGGCUCUAGAAACCUACGCCGGAGGUCUUCGAUUUCCGAUAUUGGAUAGAACCCUGAUGGAAAAGUAUAUUCGAUGCCUUCAUGCUUCUGGGUCAAUUUCUGUGUAA